AGGAAGCCAGCUCCUGAAUUCUGUUACUCCAUCUCAGUGGCUUGGAAAGUCAGAUACACCUUGAGAACUCUGAAAUAAUAUGGAUAAAUUCAUAAACAACAUGGAUGUCCGAAUUAAAUCAGAAAGUGGAUCGAUGCAAGUAUUCAAACAGGCCACUGGUCCUGUUCCGAUCAGAGAUCCUUCUGUGAGAGCAGACAGAAGAAAUAUGACUUCUCCAUCAUUCCUGGCUGCCAGCCCAAUGGAGAACCCAGCUCUGUUUAAUGAUAUCAAGAUCGAGCCCCCAGAAGAGCUCCUGGAGAGUGAUUUCAGCAUGCCCCAGGUGGAACCAGUUGAUCUCUCCUUUCACAAACCGAAGGCCCCGCUCCAGCCUGCUAGCAUGCUGCAAGCUCCAAUCCGCCCUCCCAGGCCACCGACUGCACCUCAAGCCAUUAUGGUGCCUACUUCAGCUGACACAGUCACUUCAGCAGCCAUUCCUACUGUUCUCACUCCAGGCUCUAUCCUGGCCUCCUCUCAGGGGACCAGUGGCCAGCCAAUUUUACAUGUGAUCCACACCAUACCCUCAGUCAGUUUGCCAAAUAAGAUGAGUGGACUAAAGACAAUCCCACUGGUGGUUCAAUCUUUGCCGAUGGUCUAUACCAGUUUGCCUGCAGAUGGGAGCCCUGCAGCCAUUACUGUCCCACUUAUUGGAGGAGAUGGCAAAAGUGCUGGAUCAGUCAAAGUUGACCCCGCUUCCAUGUGUCCACUGGAGUUUCCAAGUGAUAGUGAUGAGAGUGCAAUCGAGAGUGGCUCUUCAGCCUUACAGAAUCUGCAGGGAUUUCAUCAUGAACCAGCGACAAUGGUCCACAUGCAGGGAGAAGAGUCUCUUGACUUAAAGAGAAGACGGAUUCAUCAGUGUGACUUUGCAGGAUGCAGCAAAGUGUACACCAAAAGCUCUCACCUGAAAGCUCACCGCAGAAUCCAUACAGGAGAGAAGCCUUACAAGUGCACCUGGGAUGGCUGUUCCUGGAAAUUUGCUCGCUCGGAUGAGCUUACUCGCCAUUUCCGUAAGCACACGGGCAUCAAGCCGUUCCGGUGCACAGACUGCAACCGCAGUUUUUCUCGAUCUGACCACUUGUCCCUCCACCGCCGGCGUCAUGACACCAUGUGAAUAUCACAGGCCACAGCAGACGUGCUGCACCGGUCUCCUGAGUGUGUGCUGAAGUCGUAACUAAGUUUGCCUCUUUGACUACAACUUUGCCCCCAUGAUAGGGGUUCGAACAGCCUACUGAGCCAGGUUAAUGAGACUGGAAAACAAGUUAGCUGGUCUCCCAUGUGGCUCUUCCUAUUCCGCUUUCAUCUCUCCACUGUCCAGACUUCAGUUUUUGCAACCUCUUCCUGGGUUGAAUUCUAGUGCGGCGCCCAUGGCUGCCCCUCCCUGACCCCUCAUGCUAUAUUAAUAGACAUUUUUCCUACAAUAACAAAAUAGGAAUCAAACUCAAGGCUGUGAACAAACAUCCGCUGCUCCCCCCCCUCAGUUUUCUUUUGUUUUCUAAAGAUUUUAUUCAUGUGUGUGUAUAUAUAUAUAUAUGUAUAUACAUACAUAUAUAUAUGUGUAUAUAUAUAUAUAUAUAUAUAUAUAUAUAUAUAUAUAUAAUGUCACUUAGCAAUGUCCUAAAAUGAGGGAUUUUUUUUUCAAAGUUGUAGCUACAAGGGGCAUAACGGUAGAGUUGGUUGAUCAAAUUUCCAGAGAAUUGAGUCUUGACAUACAGAGUCUCAUGCUAACCCUGAAGGUUUUGUACAUCCAGUUUUACUUGUUUUUAACAGUUUGGUUUACAGACAGUGCCAGCCCUCCUUUUGAAGUUCAUCAAAAGCAAUGAAGGGAUUCCUUGACCUCCUUUUCCUCCUCAUGCUCCUUUUAGAAUGAAAGGUUUUAUGGCACAAUUCCAUUCUUUUCAGGUUAAGUUUGGACAAAUAUUCAAAGCACAGAAAGAUAGAUCAGUAGGGAGAAGUAUUCUAGGAAAACAUGUGGGCAGUGACAAGCAAGAGCAGACCUGGGAGCACCCUGUGAACAAUUACUCAGAUAAGGUGUUAGAACUGCUGUUAAUCCCAAACCUCACUCAGAGGGCAGCCUGUUGAAACAGCGCUUUCGAUGGGCUACACUGUACUGUUCUUUUGUUUACAUAAAGCAACCAUCCAGUGUAUUACCUGAUGAGAAAUUGCACACUGAGCACAUUAUAGAGAGGUGAGGGGUUGCACUAAAGGAAUUUUGUUUACUUCAUGCCAUUUUGGGCAUUUGUUCUUCUGUUUCUAAUGGGAUGGAAAAGGUUUUCUUUCUGACACUGACAUAUAGAAAGCAUUUUUUUUUUGAUGUUUUAGAACUGCUAUUAAUACCCAAGUCAUUUAUUUUAAUUAGACAUAACAGCAGGAUGCAUAAUAUACAUUUGGUUGCCCAAUCAGACUGUUCAUAAUAUUCUCUGGGGCAUAAAAUCUUCUGUUCCUGGCCCUGGACCUCAUAUCUACCUCCUUGUGGCCUAUUUCCUCUCCUGGGGAAAAAGGAGAGGGUCUUUGUAUUAGUGGGGAUUGGACACAGCCUCUCGCCUAAAGGUUUGCUUCAUACGAAACCUUUAUUUGUUGGCAGAUAUUCAAAAUGUUCUGGCUUGAACACUUUAGGUUACUACCUCCUGUGGCUGUACUUUCUAACUAAAACCGAGAAUUCUACCAUCCAGAAGGGGUCCUGUCUACUUCUACCCAUCCCUCACGUUUUACGGAUGAGGCAAAUACGGGUCAGAUUCUUUCUCCAGAUAAUUCCUUGAGGCCUUAUAGACCUGUAUACUCCUUCUCCCAGGGAUCACACUAGUAAACCAAAUUAAAGAAAAAAAAGUUAUGUGAUUGGUUGCAAUAUUUGUCCAAUUUUAUGUUAUACUUCAGAAAACUUUAAGUCACUUAAAAUUCAUAUAUAUUUGGUGACAAAGUAAGUAAGGCGUGCUUAUGGUCCUGGCCACUUAACACCGGGCACACAGUGUUUCAAGUCCCAUUUUUUUUUGAUAAUUCUAGAUUUGUUUUAAUUUACCUUGUUUCAAGUUUCAGUGUCUUUCCAGAGCAUAAAUUCUCCAUAAGUUAAGGCCUACUUGUACCUUUCAGCAUGACAUGUAGGUUUUACUAUUACCACUUUGGUAAGGGAUUUGUCCUGACUCUGGGUGUACAAGUUCCAGGCUGUAUACUAAUUAUUAAGCACUAAUCAAUAUCUAGGGCUAGUCUACUAAUGGGGACCACAGUGUAAGACAGAAUGAUAAAUGUAUAUUACUACCAUACAUGGGCUUAAGCUUGUAAUUGAGUAAGUAGUUGGUAAAAUAUUAUAGAACAGAGUCCAAGGGGUUGUGUACUCUUGUUCCACUUUGGAUCCUAAAUUUGUUUUCCAGACUUUGGAAUUGACAUGUGCCCUUUAGACUUUAGGAUAUUGAGACAUAUGUUUAUUAAUGAGCACUAUGGAAUUAUAGUACUCAUAAGGGUGAUCAAAUGAGGAUCCCAGAUACUGAUGUUCCUGGCAUCUCUGAGCCUUUAUUCAAGUAUGUUUCUGCAGAGUCAUAAUAGACUUUGCAAAUGCUUUUUGUCCAUUGUCUUUAGCCAAGAACCAAUUCUAACCAUAUUCUCUUUGCUCUUUUUGUCCCCAAAUGGCAAAAAUCUUUCCAGUUACAAAUAAAAUCUUUACAAAUGUGUCACGAGUAUGAGAACUUCACAGAGUAAAUGGACUCAGUACAGUGCAGGAUUACUGCACCAAAAGCACACAAAAGUUUGCUAGAUGAUGGGAUAGAAAGGGAACCAUUGUACCUUUCUUGGUCAACAUCGGAGGUUAAAUAAACGAAGUGUAAUGGGCUUACAACAGCCAAAGACUGUUAGGAUGGCAUUUGUCUAGGACAUGGAAAUUUUGUAGAGAUGGAGAAUAUUCAGGAGUUUUUUGUAGUGGAGUUUCUCCUGGUGACAUCUGGCAGCUGAACAGAAUUAUUGAUGAUUGCCAUUGUAAAGUGUAAGCACUGUAAACUGGUUUGUUGGAUUAGUGGAGUUCAUUAUGUACAAACCCACAAAUGUUUGUAGAGAGAAUUUCUUUUUAAAUAAACUUUACAUGUUGCAACUCUUUUUUUUUUUUUUUUUUUUUGAGAUUUUCAGGAAAAUGUGAAGGUAGAACAGAGUUUCUGUUUACUCCACAUUUUAUAUUACUUUGGCACAGUUGUUACAAUUAGUGAAAUUACAUUGAUAUGUUAAUAUUAACUGCAAUUAAUGCUUUAGUCAGACCAUCUUGGCUUUUAUCUGCUGUUCUUUUUUUUUUCUGUUUUAAUAUCUCCCUCAAAAUACAACAUUGUAUUAAUGAUCACAGCUCCUUAUUCUCCUCAUUGUGAUAGCUUCUUGGAGUUCUUUGUUCUCAAGGACCUUGGAGUAUGUUCUUCAGUUGGAAUUUAUUUGAUAUUCUUCUCAAGAAAUUUUUC